AUGGUCACUUUGGAAAAAACCUUGGUGGCGUUUCAGUAUUGGUGGCGGGUUAUCAAGGCCGCCAUUGACAUAGUGCUCAGGGUAGUCACCGGUGGCGGUAGCAUCAAGGAAAUUAGAAAUUUAUCUAAAGUGCGCUCAAAAUAUGUGGUCGAGUAUUACGAUUUCUGGCCCGAAGGCGACUAUUUUUACAUUCAAAUGGAGUUGUGUUCCGAUAGUCUGAAGAAUAUUCUUCAACAGAAACCGCAAGAAUUUGGUCGUCAAUCAGGAGAACCCAUGAAUUCAUACGAAUAUUUCAUUUCGUGUAAAAUAUUCCGAGAGAUUUUAAAAUGUGUUCAGUUUUUGCAUGAAUUUAAACCACAGAUCAUUCACAGAGACCUCAAACCCGACAAUAUAUUGAUCGAUAGGAACCGACGAAACGGUAGAUUUGUAAAAUUAGGUGACUUUGGUUUGGCUACAGUUCACGACAAACACAUUCAUUUACAAACGGAUAAUAAGCACACAUCAGGGGUGGGAACCCAGGGAUAUAUGGCUCCUGAAGUACUCCUAAGUAAAACAUAUGACCAUAAAAGUGAUGUCUAUAGUCUGGCAAUAAUCGGAGAAAAAAUAUUCGAAUUCAAUGUGUCCGAAAUUGACAAAAAUUAG